CUCUGGUCAUCUCCCCCAUUUGCUUUCUUUUUCUUUUUCACUUUUUCCCACCCCUUUCUUCUUCUUUAUCCCAUUAAGACCACCAGAUGCAAUCGACUGGCAUGAGGGCAUCACACUCAAGAGGAAAAAUAAUUGUUCGAAUGGCUUGGACUACAUACAUGGUUUCUGGAUUCAGGUUUGUCCUACCCAUGGAUUAUUCUCUUCGAUCAGUUCUCUUCUUUUGCUCUCUCUGAGGCAAAUGAAUAUCCCUUUCUCACCACCACCUUCAUCUUCUUUAUUUAAGGUUUCGGCCAUGCUCAAAUUUGUAUAUCUUUGUUUCAAUUUCGGAUUUGAAAAAGUUAAUUUGGACAAUUCAAACUGAAAUUUGACAUGGUUCAGCAUUGGGCGAGAAAAAAAUGAACUGUUGACCUAUUGAAUCAUGGAACUAAGGCUUUGUUUCCAAGUGAUUGUGCUUGAAUAAAAACACUUUUUGAGAAAAAGUGAUUAGUAGUAAAAGUUGGUAGUGUUUGGUGAAAUAAGUGCUUUUUGUGUAAUAGAAAAAGUAAAAGUAGAUUUUACAUAGAAGCCGAGAAAAGUAAAAGUUGCUAGUGUUUAAUAAAAUAAGUGUUUUUUUCUUUAAAAAAACCACAAUCACUUAAAUUAAGUGAUUGCAAACAAGCCCUAAGCCAGUUGGAAUGACCGGAAGGAUGGUGGCGCUGAUAUGGACGGAGGCCGGCGUCAAAGACCAACUGGGUGUAGGAGAGUGCAGAAUUGCAGACUAAAUUAAUAGGCCGGAAAUCCAUGAAUAUUUUGAGAGGAGUAGGGCAGAUCGGAAGAAGAAAGGGGGAGAUAGGCGAGAAGCGGCGAACUAAUGAGAAGAUCCGAGCGGAGGAAUCAAGGGAGCUGCAUUUUCUGAAGAGAAAGAAAUAAAAAGAUAAUAAAUCAAAACAAAAAAAAAUUAAAAAUGUAUAAGUCCAAUCAGAAUAAGACACAUGGACGGGAGACCUGAUGACCUGCUUCAUUCAGGUUAGCACAUCAUUUUGAGAAGAUACCCCAAAUAAAUUAGAUUAUACUGGAAUUACUUAUAUUUGGGAUUAUUGUUGGAAGAAUCUUAAUAAGUGGGAUUAAUGGUGUGAAUUUUUCCUUUUUAUUAAAAGUUAAAGCAUAUAAAUCCUAUCAUUUUUUUAUUAUUUUGAAAAAUUGCACAUUAUGUACCUCGUGCAUCACAUGGGUACUUCGUCUAGUUCAGAAACUACAUUAAAAGCUCUACAAAAUUGCAAAAACCUGAAUCAAAUUUGAUAUAUAAAGUAAGAAUUUAAGAGUGCUUUGUGUUGACCAAGUGAAUAACAUCUGGGACAAUCUUAGCGGGACGGAGGGAGUAAUAUAUAAUGUGUGAGACUUCUAAUCUUUAUAUUUAUUUAUAUUAUAUAAAGUAGCAGAGUUGCUACCACUAUUGGAGGGAAAAUUCCCGCCCAAAAAAUGACUAAAUAUGUAAUAUGUGUGCUUGAAAUAUAUACUCUCCGCCAAUGUAGUUGUGCAAGAAAAAAAAUCAAUCACACGCCUAAACUAUACUCCGUACAAUUAAUACUCUUUUUUUUUGUGCAAGAAAAAUCAAUCAAUUAAUAGAGCAUUAAAUACUCUUAUGUGUGCCUAAACUAUACUCCGUACUACGUAUGUAUAAUGAAUGGAAUGCUUUCCACGCCAUAUGAUAUCAUUGAUAUGGUAAUUUUGAUCUAAUUUUGACUGCAAUGUUCCAUGUCAAAGUUUAAUUUAGCUAUACAAGGCAAUAAAUCUAAUUUAGUAAUAAAUUUUUCUCUCAUUUAUUAAUAUUGUAAUAAUAAUAACAAUAACAAUACUAAUAAUAAUAAAAGUAUUAAUUUGGUACAAAAAAAUUUCUAUCAAACAUUUAUUUUAUUUUUAUUUAUUUUAUGCAACAAUAUCUUUAUAUAAUAAUAUAAUAUAAAAUACCAAAAUUGCUACAUUUUUGCUCAAAUUUUCCCGCCGAAUACAUGUAAAGGUAAAAGGAAAUCAAAUAUUGUAAUAUUGUGCUUAGAAUGUUAAUAAGGACAAAUAGGAUUUAGUCAUUAUAUAUAUAUAUAUAUAUAUAUAUAGGGAGGAGAUCACAUACAAACAAUGCUUCCCAUACAAAAUGCAAAGCAAUCACGUGCAUCCACUUUAGACAAAUCAAGGGCUGAAAACAUGUUACACACCGUAACAUGCCGUGCGCUGCGUAGGAGGGUAAUGGGACAAAACAACAACCGUUUAGUAAGUAAGGAUGAAAAAGUAAUUUGACAAAUGUUAAAUGAGAACCGCCAAAUACGUAUAAGGAAGGAAAUCGCAGAAAUUGCACUACUCCCCACUACGAUUUCAACCACACAUGAAUAGCAAAUCAAAAAAGGACAUUUGCAGAGGUCUGUCCAAUAGUUAAUGCACCAACCAACCAAGGUAGAAGAAGCAAGAAGGUUUCCUUGUGAGCGGCAAAAUCUUGACGGUCGACGAAGGACGCCGUUUAUGGAUAUCAAGGACGGUUUAAAUCCCAUUAGCGCAUAUGGCUUCAGUCCCUUAACAUGCUUUUCGACACACUAUUGUGGCGUGCGAAGAAGCAGAUUGAUUUUGGUCAGAUGAUCAAGUUUUCUGAGGUAUCUAUUGAAGAAUCAAUAUGUUCCAAAAGGCUCAGGAGAUCGUGUAAUGAGAUGGCACUUCAUGAUAGGAGGAAUUGCCUCUUAAACGAAUAGAUUUAUAAUAUCAACUUAGUUCUUUACUUCCGUUGUUCUGUUAUAUUCUUCCAUGUAUUAUGUGUACAGUGUACAUUGUAAACAAAUUUGUGCAAUUAAUCAAGUUUAAUGCUUUGUUCUUUCCAUUU